AUGAUGCAGCUGGCCGACGUCCUCCUGGACGCUGGGUAUGCAGUCGUGGUGGCGCUUAUCGACCCUGCGGAUAAAGAAGACGUCGCCUUCGCUGCCGUCGUCCGCCGCGUCGCAGCAUCGAAGCCUCUCGUCGCCUUCCACAAGCUGCCGCGGAUCGAGGACCCUCCCACCGUCAUCCAUGACGCGCAGUUUAUCCUCAGGUACCUCGACCUCGUGAGCCGCUAUGACAAGCUCCUCCACGGCUUCCUCUGCGCCAUGCCUCUUGGCAGUGUCCAAGCCGUGGUCGUGGACGCGUUUUCCAGCGGGGCGCUUGACGUCGCCAAGAAGCUCGGCAUCCCGGCGUACUCCUUCUACGCCACGAAUGCCUCUACGGUCGCCGUCUUCCUCCAGCUUCCUACGAUUUGCAGGGAGGAUCAACCAAGCUUCAGGGAGCUAGGAGACACCCCUCUCAACUUCCAUGGAGUCCCACCCAUGCCGGCGUCUCACCUUGUCGAGGAGGUACUCCGGGAUCCGGAGAGCGAGGUAUACAAGGUGAUGAUAGACGGGUUUCGCAGGAUCCCGGAAGCAGUAGACGGCAUCCUGGUGAACACGUUCACGUCAUUGGAAACUCGGGCGGUGGAAGCUCUCGGGGACCUGAGGCUGCGGCAUCUCCCGGCAAUGCCGCCGGUGUACUAUGUGGGGCCCCUGCUCGCCGGAGCUGGCAAGGAAAAAGAAAAGCAUGAGUGCCUCUCGUGGCUCGACGAGCAACCGGAGCGCAGCGUCGUCUACCUCUGCUUCGGAAGCAUUGGCACCGGCAACCACUCCAGGGAGCAGCUGAAUGAAAUCGCUGUCGGCCUGGAGAAUUCGGGCCACCGGUUCCUGUGGGUGGUGCGAGCUCCUCCAAGCGACGACCCCGAGCGGCCGUCCGACCACCGCACCGACCCAGACCUCGACGAGCUCCUGCCGGAUGGGUUCUUGGACCGAAUAAACGGCCGCGGCCUCAUCCUCAAGCUGUGGGCGCCACAGGUGGAGAAGAUGAACAAGGUGUUCAUGGUGGAGGAGGCCGGGAUUGGAGUGGAGGUCGCAGGAUGGCAGCAAGGGCUUGUCAAGGCGGGGGAGGUGGAGGCUAAGGUGAGGAUGGUGCUGGAGUCCGAGGAAGGGGAGCGGCUCAGGGCGCAGGUGACGGCGCUCAGCAAGGCGGCAGCUGCGGCAUGGGAAGACGGUGGUUCGUCGCGCGUUGCGUUCCAAAGGUUCAUAUCAGAUGCCGAGAAGCUCAAGGCUCAAGCGAUGCGUGCGUAG